AUGGGUCGCCACCCUGUCCGGUGUUAUCAGUAUUGUAAGAACAAGCCAUACCCAAGGUCUUGCUUCUGCCGAGGUGUCCCUGAUGCUAAAAUCUGCAUCUCUGACUUGGGACAGAAGAAGGCAAAAGUUGAUGAAUUCCCUAUUUGUGGGGACAUGGUGUCAGAUAAAUACGAAAAACUCUCUUCUGAAGCUCUGGAGGCUGCCCGUGUUUGUGCCAACAAAUACAUGGUAAAGAGUUGUGGCAAAGAUGGCUUUCAUAUUCUAGUGAGGCUUCACCCUUUUCAUGUCAUCCGAAUCAACAAGAUGUUCUCCUGUGCUGGGGCCGACAGCCUCCAGACAGGUAUUGUGGUCCUUUGGGAAGUUCCAGGGCACAGUGGCCAAGGUUCAUAUUGGCCAGGUCAUCUAGUACAUCCACACUAA